CAUUUUAAAGUAUGUCAUUCAUAAACACACACAAGGCAGAACCAAAUAGCUCAUUAGUGAGUUUUUGAGUUCGUGUGUCCUUUCUUUGUGUGUUGCAAGGUUACAAGAUGGAGGAUCAAAAUGCAUCAUCUAAUGGAUUGGGCAAGGUGUUCCACAAGGUUAAGCCCUACCUUGCUAUGAUGUCCCUUCAGUUUGGCUACUCCGGAAUGUACAUCAUCACCAUGGUUUCUUUCAAGCAUGGCAUGAGCCAUUGGGUACUCUCCGUGUACCGUCAUAUAGUUGCCACUCUCAUCAUGGCCCCUUUUGCAUUUGUCCUUGAAAGAAAAAUACGGCCAAAGAUGACUCUCCCGGUGUUCCUGAGGCUUGCGGCUCUCGGUUUCCUUGAGCCAGUGCUUGAUCAAAACUUGUACAACAUGGGAAUGAAGAACACCUCAACAACGUUUGCAUCGGCCACCGUUAAUGUCAUGCCAGCCAUUACUUUUAUAAUGGCACUGAUUUGCAGGUUAGAGACAGUGAACUUGAGAAAAAUACCCAGCGUAGCCAAGGUAGUUGGAACAGCAGUAACAGUCUCAGGAGCUAUGGUUAUGACUUUGUACAAAGGCCCGGCUCUUCAGUUCAUAAAGGGACAAGCAGCAACCCACCAUGAAAGUGGCAACAGCACACAACCCUCUGAACAAAACUGGGUGCUUGGCACAGUAGAGCUCAUUGCAAGUUGUGGUGGUUGGGCUAGCUUCUUUAUCUUGCAAUCUUUCACUUUGAAGAUGUACCCGGCAGAGCUCUCGGUCACAGCUUGGAUUUGCUUUUUGGGCAUUUUUGAGGGUGCAAUUGCGACCCUUAUAUUUGAACGUGACAUGAGCGUGUGGUCAAUAGGCAUGGACUCAAGGCUCCUUGCUUGUGUUUAUUCUGGUGUGGUAUGCUCUGGAAUGGCAUACUAUGUACAAGGAGUUGUGACAAGGGAACGUGGACCCGUGUUUGUUACAUCUUUCAGCCCUCUCUGUAUGAUUAUCACUGCUGCAUUGGGAUCCAUUGUCUUGGCUGAGCAAGUUUAUAUGGGAAGUGUAAUUGGAGCUAUUAUCAUUGUGAGUGGACUUUACACCGUGGUAUGGGGAAAAAGCAAAGACAAACUGAACAACAAAACCAACGAAGGAAACAGUGAGGGCCACGAAUUGCCAAUUAAGGACGGUACAAAAUCAGGAUCAGACAUUUUUGACAGUAUUGAGAUCAAUGUUCCUUCUGGGGCAGGAAAAAAUGUGCUUCUUCCAUCAGCAAGAACAUAGUCCCUCAAGACUAGCAUAUGCAUAACCGAUUUUCCUACUAAUUAAAAUGAUAUAAAGAGAGAUUUUGUGCAAUCUUUCCACAUAUCUGCCAUGGUGGCUACGUUUUGUUAUGUACCUUUCUUGUUUUCCUUUGACCUUUUAUGUUUUUUUUUCUUUUUGUUACUAAGGAGGCCUAGGCCCAAAAAUCCUUUAUAUGUUGCCGAAACUUGAGUAUGAGUAAAAUAACGCCAUUAAUGCUUGUCUCUA